UCCAGGAUCAGCACCAUGGACAGCGGCACCCCGCGCCAGCCAGCCACCACAGACACUACAUCCUGAUAGUGAUCGGAGAGAUCAGCACCGACAACCAGUUGCGGUCGGCAAUCCUCCACGUUGAGCAAGGUGUCCGCUCCUGGGACGUUGAUCUCGCUGCCUUUGACCUUGACCAGCAGCUGCGGCUGUUUGUGACCAGACACUCUGCCCAGUUCUCCAGCGAAGUCAGAGGCCAGAAGACACUCCACCACAGGAGCGAUGAGCUGGAGACCGUGGUCUUGGUGAACCCUACGGAAAGCACCGUCACCUCCGAGGUUCACUCCCUCGUGACAGACUCUUCCCACCACAAGCUCUUGAUCCUGAGUGGGCAAACCACUGAACAAGCAGGAGACCUGAUUCUACAGACCGGAACAUACACUUUUCAGAGAUUCGUCGAGACCUUUGCAGAUCCUGAGGUGACAGAGCUACUGAGCAGCACUGAAGCCGAUACCAAGGCUUGCAUUACCGUCUGUCACCCUGGCGAAGGAGAUUGGAGCAACCUCAAGCAACACAAUCUCCAGGGAUUCAUCAAUAUUCAGCUGAACCCGGCGCCCACCCUGCCCGAGAUGGAUGGCGUCUCUGAGUUCACAGAGUACCUCACAGAAUCUGUCGAGGUGCCCUCGCCCUUUGACCUGCUGGAACCUCCGACCUCAGGGGGCUUCCUCAAGCUCUCCAAGCCAUGCUGCUACAUCUUCCCUGGCGGGAGGGGCGACUCGGCGCUCUUUGCUGUCAACGGCUUUAACAUCCUGGUGGACGGCGGUUCCGAGAGGAAGUCAUGCUUCUGGAAGCUGGUGCGUCACCUGGACAGGAUCGACUCAAUCCUACUGACGCACAUCGGGGCCGACAAUCUGCCCGGGAUUAACGGGCUUCUGCAGAGAAAGAUUGCGGAGCUGGACGAGGAGCAGUCACAAGGCUCCACAACUUACAGUGACUGGAUCAAGAACCUUAUCUCCCCAGAGCUGGGCGUGGUUUUCUUCAACGUACCCGAUAAACUGAAAACACAGGAGCCCUCCAUGAAGGUGAAGAGAAGCAUUGAAGAAGCCUGCUUAACACUACAGUACCUGACUAAGCUGGGGGUCAAGCCAGAACCUCUCAAUAGGGUUGUUGGAGCUACUAUUGACCCUAUUCCACUAUUCCACAAAAUGGGAGUUGGCCGAUUAGACAUGUAUAUCCUCAAUCCAGUCAAAGACAGCAAGGAAAUGCAAUUCCUUAUGCAGAAGUGGGCAGGUAACAGCAAAGCAAAGACUGGCAUCAUUCUUCCCAAUGGCAAAGAGGGAGAGAUUUCAGUCCCAUACCUCACAUCCAUCACAGCUCUGGUCGUGUGGCACCCAGCCAAUCCCUCCGAGAAGAUAGUCCGGGUGUUGUUCCCUGGCAACGCACCGCAGAACAAGAUCUUGGAAGGGCUGGAGAAGCUAAAGCACCUGGACUUCCUCAAAUACCCAGUGGCCACACAGAAGGACCUCACGGGUGGUUUAACCCCACCUGCGGUGAAGCAGACGAAGAUGAGACAGAGGACGGACAGCAAGGAGAGCCUCAAGUCCUCGCCAAAGCCAGCUGCCCCCAAGCCAGUGAAAAAGGAAGAGCCCACAGAAGAGACGGUGACAAAACACCCCGAGGUUAAGGCAGAGGUGCUGAAGGAGAACAAGUUAGAAAAGAAGGAGGAGAAGAAGGGGAAAACAGAAGUGGAGAAGGCCUCAACAGACAUAAUUAAAACAGAGAAGAAAAAGUUGUCCAAGGAGAAGACUGUCAAAAAACAUGCAAAAGACAAGCAGGCAAAAUCAGAAGAAAAGAAAGACAAGGAGAAAAAAGAGAUCAAAAAGGAUAAGAAAGAGGUUAAGAAGGAAGAUGUGAAAAAAGAGGAGAAAAAGGAGGUGAAGAAAGAUGAGAAGAAGAAGGAAAAGGAGACCAAGAAGGAGUCAAAGAAACUGCUGAAAGCUGAUUUAAAGCCGUUCACUCCAGAAGUCAGAAAAACACUACACAAGGUGAAGGUGCCGGGCAAGAAAACAGAAGCCAAAGGCAAAGUUUCUAAAGGAAAAGAUGAGGUGGAGCCAAAGAGUGAGCCCGCCCUGGCCAAACCAAUACCUCCAGAGCCAACGGCAGCUCUGUUACAGGAGGAGAGGUCCAUCAUGUCUUCACCUGAGGACCUAUCCAAGGACUUUGAACAGCUGAGGACUGAAGAAGCAGCCAAAGUUGAGGCUGUUUCUGUAGAGCCAGCCAGAGGUCCUGGCGAUGUGGAAGAGACGGCUGAGGUGGAGGAGAGAAAACCACCAGACCAGCUGAAGGCCAGCCCUGAGCCGGAGAUCGCCAGACCACCUGAUGUUGACUCUAAGGCCCCUCUAGAAUCUGCAGAGGAGAUAAUCCCAGCAGCUGCAGAGGAAGUGACACCUCUCGAGGAGGAGGUCAUCGGCCAGCCUGAACCUUCAGUAGAGAAGAUCCUGGAAGAUGAAAGUGUCGCCUUGGAAGAGUCGCUGGAAAUGAGCGAGUUGGAAGAAAAAGUGGUUAUGGUAAAAAAGGAUGAAGAAGCUGUCACUAAGGAUAGGUUAGAGCCCCGACGUGAUGAAGAGCCUGAGGAAUACCAGGCUGAAGAACAAGUGGCACCUCCAGAAACACUGGGAAAAGAGAUCGGAAGGAAGGAUGAAGAGGAAGAAAUGGAGAAGUGUGAGCGAUACAUUGAAUCAAUGGAGACAAGGGAGCAGGUUGAGGAAAGUGAGGGUGAAGAGGUGGUGGAGAAGGCAGAACUGGAAGAAACGGUGGAAGCUAUAGACGAAGACAAGAAAGUAAAAGCCAAGGAAAAGGAAAGUGCACUCCACGAGGACCUGGAUGACCAGCUGCACCCCAGUGAGAAACAAGUCAAGGACGUUUUUGAGCGUGAAACACUUCCGGCUGAGAAGCAGGUUCCACGACAAGAAGCCAAAGUAGUAAAGGCCAAGGAAGACUCAGUGCCAACACAGCUCCUGCCUGCUCCUGGACCAGCGGGCGAGCCCAUCUCGUACAUCCAGGACGAAACCAUCCCCGGCUACUCUGAGACAGAGCAAACUAUUUCCGACGAAGAGAUUCAUGAUGAACAAGAAGACCAAAUAUCUCACCUAAGAUACGAAGUCGACACAUAUGACAUCUCCGUGCCAGACGACACAAGGUCGUUUGAUGCUGUUCACGGAAUGAAGGAGAUCAAGGCCAUGGCAGGAGCAGAGAUGGCAGCCAAGGGCUUUACGAGGGAGGAGCCCGAGAUAGUUAUCUAUCCCUCGGAGAUCGUUGCAGCCCCACUGGCUGAGGAAGAGCACAUCUCUUCCGCGGCUUCCAUCACUGAAUGCGAUAAGCUCUCUUCCUUUGCCACGUCCAUGGCAGAGGAUCAGUCAGUGGCUUCGGUAACGGCACCCCAGACCGAGGAGACCGGGAAGAGUUCCCUGUUGCUUGACACUGUCAACAGCAUGGCCUCCUCCAGGACAGAGGCCACCCAGGGCAGAGACUACAUCCCGUCCGCGGGCACCAUAUCCCCAACUUCCUCGUUGGAGGAGGACAAGUACUUCAAAUCGCCACCUUCUGAAGACUCUCACCCCAUUGUCGAAGUUGCCAAAAUGGAGGAGGAGGAGGAGGAAGAGGAAGAGGAGGACCAGACACCAAAUGUUGAGAUUCCAACUAAGCUUAAAGAGCAAUACGCUGCAAUGUUCCCAGAAAAGACCACCCCAUCUCCCUUCCUGCCAGAUGGGUUUACCACUGCCGACCAAACCAUGGAUGUUCGGGGUACUGAUGCCAAGCCUAAGCAUGCCCUGCAUUUCGACGCAGACCUGCCAGAAAGUGACGAGAAGUGCAUCAGCCCUGAUGAAAGCACAGUGAAAAUGGCCUCGCCUACUCAGUCGGGUCCCACCAGUGCAGGACACACCCCUUUCCAUCAGUCGCCAGUUGAGGAGAGAACUGACUCUGUUGAGACUGAGCUGGAAGAUCAAGCAGCACAGGAAACAUCCAUAGUCACUGAGGAACCACUUAGAAGCGAAGACUUGCCCAGUUCAAGGGAGAGUCCCCUUGGUGACUUGUCACCAAAGUCCGACUCCCUCAAAGAACCUGCUCUGCCUUGUCCACCAGCUGCCCUGAGCCCUGACCUUCAGCGUCCUGAGCUGACUUCGAAAGAGGAUCUGAUGCACUCACAGGAGUUCCGAGCAAUAGAGAAAAUGGAAAAAGAUGCCCACGAGACUGAACAUGCAACGACCGAGAAAAUGGAGAGGGAUAUUCAGGACUGGAAGCCUACUCUGACCAAGAUGGAGAUCCCCGAGGAGAAACCGGCAGCUGCUGAGAAGCUCGGGGAAGAAUUCCUUGAGGAACGAGAGGAUGCUGCAAAGGUGGAAAAAGAAGCAGUGAAGAAACCUGCUGCUCCUGAAGAGGCAGAAAAAUUAGUCUCAGAAUCAAAACCUGCAAAAUCUGAACCCAAAAAGACUUCAGAUCUUCUGGAACAGAAACCCGAACCUGUCGAAAAAAUUGACAAAGAGGAGCCAUCUGCUUUUACUGAGAAAAUAACUAAAGAGACUCCAGUGAAGGAAUCUACAGCAGCAGAUAUCGUAGAACAAAAGACAAUCUCUCUUGACGAGGGAAAGACAAAAGAGGAAGACUUGGGGAAGAUCUCUCUUGAUUUGGGAAGGAGUGAGAAAAUCAGUUUGGAUGACAGACCUGGAGAUGUUGACAAAAUUGCAGAAGAAAUGUUAGACAAGAAGUCCAUCAGCGAUAGAAAAAUUGAACAGAAGGAAAUGGAUAUCUCCCUUGAUGUUGGAAAAUGUGAGGAGGAGGAAAUGGAGAAGAAAACUGUCAAAGCUGAGCAGAUGGAAAAAGAUCUGCAGAAAAUGCCUGAAGAAAUUAGCAAAACUGAACAUGAAAUGGAGAAAAUGUCUAUUGAUGUCGGAAAGAGUGAGAAGGAAGAAUUGAAGAAAGAUGUCUCAAUUCAUAGAGAGGUGGUUAAAGAGGAAUUAGACACAAAACCUAUUGAUGUUGAACAUUUGGAAAAGGAAAAAGGAGCUGGUGAGAUUGAAAAAACAGUUAAAGAAGAAUUGACAAAAUCUAUCGAAGUUGAAGAUUUGGAAAAGGAAAAAGCUGGUGAGAUUGAAAAACCAGUUAAAGAAGAAUUGAAGACAAAAUCUAUCGAAGUUGAAGAUUUGGAAAAGGAAAAAGGAGCUGGUGAGAUUGAAAAGACAGUUAAAGAAGAAUUGAUAAAAUCUAUCGAAGUUGAAGAUUUGGAAAAGGAAAAAGCUGGUGAGAUUGAAAAGACAGUUAAAGAAGAAUUGAAGACAAAAUCUAUCGACAUUGAAGAUUUGGAAAAGGAAAAAACUGGUGAGAUUGAAACGAUGGUUAAAGAAGAAUUGAAGACAAAAUCUAUCGACGUUGAAGAUUUGGAAAAGGAAAAAGGAGCUGGUGAGAUUGAAAAGAUGGUUAAAGAAGAAUUGAAGACAAAAUCUAUCGAUGUCGAAUAUUUGGAAAAGGAAAAAGGAGCUGGUGAGAUUGAAAAGAUGGUUAAAGAAGAAUUAAAGACAAAACCUAUCGAUGUUGAACAUUUGGAAAAGGAAGAAGGAGCUGGUGCAAUUGUAAAGAUUGACCACAAGUUGCCUGAGGAGGAAUCUAUUGAGAUUGGAAAGACUGAAUCUGGGAAAUUAGAGAAAAUAACUACAGAUGCUAGUAAGAUUGAGAAAGAAUUGGAAAAAGGACAUGGAGAUGUUGGAAAGAUUGAAAAAGAGGAGCUGGAAAAGAAGAUUGGAGACAAGGAAUUGGAGAAAAUGUCUAUGGUUGUUGGAAGGACUGAGGAAAUGGAGAGUGAGAAAGAGGAUUUGGGAAAGGCGCCAGGAGAUGUUGUGAAGAUUGAACCAGAGAUGUUAGAGAAGAAGUGUAUUGAUGAUGGCAAGGUUGAAGAUAAGGAGCUGGCAAAGGUUACUGUGGAUGUUGUCAAAAGUGAGAAAGAGGAUUUGGAAAAGAGAUCUGGAGAUGUUGGAAAGAUAGAACAAGAGAUAGUGGAGAAGAAGUCUAUUGAUACCAAAAUUGAACACAAAGAAUUAGAAAAGACCUCAUUUGAUAUUGGUAAGAGUGAGAAAGAUGAUUUGGAAAAGAGACUUGGAGAUGGGGAAAAGACUGAACAAGAAAUUUCGGAGAAGAAAUCUGUUGAUAAUAUUGAAUACAAAGAAUUGGACAAGAUCUGUCUGGGUGUUGGAAAGAGUGAACAAGAGGAGCUGGAGCUGGAAUCACCGGACACUGCAAAGGUAUUGAGAGUGGACCUAGAGAGCGAACUGGGAAAGAAAGUUGAAGAUGUUGAAAAGAUGGACAAAGAGCUUCCAGAGAAAAAAGUUCUAGGUGCCAUAAAGAAGGAAGAAGACAUUUUGCAGACAAAACCAGCAGAUGUGUUGGAGAGUGGAGUUGUAGACUUUGGAAAAUUGGAAAAAGGCGCAGAGAAGAAACCUACAGAGGUUGAGAAGGUGGAAAAGUAUGGGUUAGAGAUGGAACAAAUAGCAGAAAAAGUGGACAAGGAUGCACAGUUAAAGAUAUCAGGCGAAUUAGAAGAAAGAAUAGAAAAAUUACAAGCUACAACAACAGAAAAAUACCCCACUGGUGAUUUGGAAAAGGGGUAUGCACCAACUGAAGAUAUCCAUUUUAAAGCUGAAUACUCUCCAGCUACAACUGAAGUCGAUAUAACAGAAAAAUCUAUCACUGAGAAGCAAGACCAACUGAAAGGUCAAGGAGAAAGAAUAGCAGAGGCAGUAUAUUCAUCAGAAGAUCAAGAUCUUCCUGAUGUUAUGGAACUAAUACUGACUGCUGGGAAGCCGCAAAGCAAGGAGGAAAUUUCAAAGCAAUCUCUCCCUAAAGACAUGACAUUAGCAGACCAGAAGGACAAAGUGAGUCCCGUAGAACUAAAAGACGAAAAUUUACUGAACAAGCUGUUAAUAUCAGAACCUUCACUGUAUCUGAAGGGCGAACUCGAAGGCCAGGUAGUGGAUAAAGCAGAAUCUGUUUGCGCGCCUGAAGAUGUCACCACAAAACCAGAUACAUGGGAACCCCUUGUUGGACACAAGAGCCCCAAAGGAGGUGAGGUGUCCCCUUCAGAGACAGAGGGACUAUCAAAAGGCAAAACGGAGUUGGUGAGCACUGAUUCAAAGCCUGUGGUCGAUUACAGCAAGUGGGAUCCCCCUUCCUAUCAAUCUCAAUCCUACACGCAGGAAGAAUCCAAAGUUAGUAGUGCUCUGCCCCACACACCAUCUCCCGAGGACUGGCCAACUGAGAAACUUACAGGAGAGGUUCGACUAGCUGGGAGCGGAGAUAAAGAAAAAGGCAGUGAAGUCCAAUAUUCUUGCUACACAGGUGAAAAGAGGGAGCCUUCCUCUGGGUUUGACUACUCUUGGUCUGUUGAGCCAGGAAGCAGCCAGCUUCCACCUGUCUCUGACAGUGCCUUUGAGAAGGAGCGGGACCUCUCUUUGGAGUCAAAGCCUUUAACUACACCUUUCCCACAAUCUGAGGACUUGUGGACAGGGGCAGGGUCAAAGCCCACCGCUACGUCCACCACAGUAGUGACAACUCUGGAAACGGCAAGAGAAUCGGCAGGCGAGAAGGAAGUGAAGAAGUUGGAUGUUCUCCCUGGGGAAACCCUGAGAAAAGAGGAGAAAAUUUCUCAGGAACAGGCCUACCCUCCACCAGAUGGGAGUUUGUACACAUCUGUGUUCAAAGAAAGUGAAGCCUUGACUUGUGGAAAGGAUUUUGCACCUGAUGAACAAGACUACGGCCAUACAAUGCAUCCUCCUAGUGAAGAGCAGGGAAUUCCCUUCACUCAAUUGGAUUACCAGAAGGUGACCUGUUCAGAGGCGAAGUGGAACAGUUUUGGGCUUGUUGCUGAAGAAUGCUACACUGGCACUUUAGUAGAGGGAGACAAGGACCCAGAUACCGAGAUGAAAGCAUUCAGUUACUCUGAGGUGGAUGAGAAGAGCAAGCUCCCAGGGCUUGAAGACCUCUGCCAGCCACAAAAGGAAGUUGAGCCUCUUGGAUUCCAUCAGCUGUCACAGCCUCUGGACACACCAUUCGGGGUGGCCUGGGAGCCUAGAAAGGCAGAGAAAGAACCCACGCUCCGCAUGUCACCGUCAGAAAAGGAGCCCUCCCAGCACAGCCCCAUGGGUGGGGAGCAACCAACACACACGACAACUGAAACGAGGACUGAGAGGGCACUGGGAUAUUCCCAAAUUCCAGAACUUCCCUCGCCCCUCGCUCCAUCAUCGAAAGAUGUCUCGACGACUGAUGCCAAGGACAAGCCGCAUUCUGAACUGAAGCUGGAGCCCAGUUUGGGCGAAGGAACCUCAGACUCUCUCAGCCCUAUCUCUCCCGAAGGAAGGAAGACUUCGGCCCUAAGCAGCCCAGAGUCCAAAGACAGCUCUUCCUCCUCGCUAGCGUACACAGAACGGCCCCACAUUGACUCUAGCGUGUUUGGGACCAGUGCAGCCAAGCAGAAAACACCAGAAUCCAGUGUCCUGGGAUACUAUGGGAAGGAAGCAAGUGAGAGCAGUAGUGACUCUGAACUGGAGAAAGGUGCCAAGGACAAGUCAGAGAAGGAGCAGCCGGAAGGGGAAAAGGGAGUGAGCUGCCUACGAGCAGAUCUAGAUGGGAGGGCUCGCUCCCCCAGCCCCCAGCCCCCUUGGACACAGCAACACCAGCUGGAGCCCACAUUGCCAGGAGCUGCGGAGCAGAGGCCAGCCAAGUCUGAGGAGGAACUGCUCUCUCUUGGCCGCCAGGAUCCAGGCAUCCCAACUCCCAGUGUCCACAAGGAAGCCCUGCAGAGCUUUCCCUGUGGACUGGACUACCCCUGCGCCAAAGCAGCUGAGGAGGAGGAGGAGGAGGACUCCAAAGUUCCAUCCACUCCAUCUCACACACCAUCUCCUGAGGACCCACCAAGCGAGAUAUUUACAGGAAAGAUUGCCAAAGUUGCAAAGGUGGAAGGGAAAGAUCCCAGCAAAGCCGAACCCCAGGAGGGACAUUUUGAGCAAUGGGGCCCCGAUUCCCUUGGCCUGGGCCAGGGGCUCCUAACCACCCAGCAGGAGCUCUGGGCAGCCAGUACCGAACAUUCCGGCGCAGACAAGGAGGAGAAACCCUCUGCUGCUACCUUAGAAUAUUCUUCCUUGGCCAAGGAGAAGUUGUGUGCGGCUCCUCUCCCUGCCGAAGGCCUGAAGGACGAAUAUUUGGAAGUAUCCCAAGAUGCCUUUGCUCCAAGCCCCACCCAGGAGCUCGCUCCCUCCUCGUCCGAAGAGUCUGCAGCCCGUGAUCAGAGUGCCAGCGACUCAACAGGGAGUGGGCCCUCAGUGGAGGGGGCCAGUUCCCAACGGCCUGUUGAGGGGAUGCACCUGCCCCUCGAGGCUGGAACCCCGGCGAGGAGUCUGGACGAAGUGUCACCCUUGGUUCCUGCGGACAAGGCCAUACACCAGGCUGCUGAAGCCGAGGAGGUGACCCUGGUAGAACACAGCCCGGCCUACCUGUGUGACAUCGAGGACUCCACCUUGUCCUGCAGGGUCGAGUGCCAGGGGUCAGCCCCUAAAGCAGAAGCUGAAGAUUUGGGAGGGGAUUUCCAAGCUGCCAAGCCUGGGCCAGGAGCGGGAGGCCCAACUGAGUGCCAGGCCCCAAGCCUGCCACCUCCCCUGGCCACACCGGAAGCCAACGGGCCAACAGAGACAGGCUUUGCCUCAGUGCCAGCCUGGAGCUCGCUGGGCCAGGAGAGGGAUGCAAGCACCAGCCUGGAUUCAGCCUCAAAGAUUGAGCUUACAGCCCGGCCAUCUUCACUGCCUCCGUCCCAGGGGACAAUACUGCGGCCUUCAGAGGGGUCUGAACCUCAGCCCGGAGGCACUGGGCCUAGCUUCUCCUGCAGUGACCACAAGCUCCUGAAGGGUGAGCUGUCGCCGUCCUUCAUUAAUCCCAGCCCCCAGCUGGAAAUGGAGGAGGACGUUCGCCCCCAGGCCACGAGUAGGGGUGGGGAAGAUACCUGGAGGCCGGAAGUCCCAGGGCAAAUGCGCCCCGAUAGUCCACCUACUUCCGGCAGUGAGUCACCACCCCUCAAUUCAGACUCGGACGUGCCACCUGAGACAGAGGACUGCCCCUCCAUUACGGCUGAGGGGCCCAUCGACUCGGACGAGGACGGUGACUUCCUGCCAGUGGACAAAGGCACUGGCGCCACACCCCACCCACGGCCAGGUCCCGACCCGUUGCCCGCCCCUGCUGUGGACCCUCAGCCCCAGCCCCCGCCCCCCGACGUCUGCAUGGUGGACCCCGAGGUGCUAGGUGGUGACCCAGGUCGGCUGCUGAGGAAGGAGCUGAAGGACAAGGCCAAGGGCACCAGGAAGACAGCGAAGUCCAAGGCAGCCUCACCAGGCCGCAAGGCCGAGAGCAAAGCCAAGCACCCCGCCACUCCCGCCAAGUCCGCCUCACCCAAAGAGCCCGGUGAGAGGUCCCCGAAAGCAUCAGCCAGCAAGAAGAAGGAGAGGGAGACGGCUGAGAAACCGACUCGAGCUUCCAAAGCCGGCGAGAGUCAUGUGUCCCGAGCUGAGGACAGGGACGAUGUCUCCAGGUCCAGCCAGCCCAAGGCGCUGGUGAAUGGGAUCAAGUCCGCCUCAGCAGCUCCAACCAAUACCAAGAGCAGCUCAGGAGUGCCCGCGGGCCCUCCUGUGUAUGUCGACCUGGCGUACAUUCCCAACCACUGCAGCGGGAAGAAUGUCGACCAGGAAUUCUUCAAGCGUGUCCGAUCCUCCUAUUACGUGGUGAGCGGGAACGACCCUGGAAGCGGAGAGCCGAGCCGGGCCGUGUUGGAUGCCCUGUUGGAUGGGAAGGCCCAAUGGGGGAACAACCUUCAGGUGACGCUAAUCCCGACCCACGACACAGAAGUCACACGAGAGUGGUACCAGCAGACCCACGAGCGGCAACAGAACCUGAACAUCAUGGUACUGGCCAGCAGCAGCACCGUUGUAAUGCAGGACGAGUCAUUUCCGGCAUGCAAGAUCGAGUUCUGAGCUCCAGCCAACCUCGAUCGGCGGCCGGGGGGAGAAACCCUGCUUCUUCAUUCCAUUCCUCCACUAAUCGUUUCUUUAAUUAGGUUCAUUUAAGGCUAGAUUUGCAGCUUACUGCUAAGGAAACAAUUGAUAGUGUGAGUGCAUUGACCUCUCCCCCUCGUGAAUAGGGGACUAGUUUGGAGACCAAUUUGCUAUUCAGAGUGGCUGUUUGCUUGUAAUUCAUCUCGUAUAUGUUGUGACUGGAGUUGGGACUCUAUUGGUGUGACAGAUGAAGUUUUCAUUACAAGGUUUUGUCCCACUGCUCGAUUUGAGGGCCGGCAGCCAAUCAUUCAGUUCGCUGGUUCCACAGCUAGUACGGUUUUAGUGGGUAAGGGUUCUUUUGCCUCUGAGGGACCUUAAUGUUGGAACACGUUUUGUGAAAGAAAUCUUCAAUCUGUCCUACGUUUCCCAGUUCCCAUAGCAAGCACUGCGGCACUCCAUCCUUGUCUUCAGCCAGACCAGGGGCGAAGAGCAGCUACAAGCCCAAUGAAGCUGUAGACAGGACAUCCUAAUUGGGCUGUGCCUGAUUUCACGCCCCCCCACACUCUCCAAACUGCCCAGAGCACACAGGGUUGCCCCAGUAAUAAGGCCAGCUAUGGCAGGUCUUCGAUGGGGAGUCAAUGUUAUUGGGUGCAAGUGUAAAAGGCAGGGCUGUUGGGUGUUGGUGGGUGGCCCAGACUAACUGCAUGCUGGACAUCUCUUGCUUGGGUUCCAAGGGACCUGCUGAUUUUAUUUUUUUGUCCAUCGCCCAUGAUUCUCUCAAAGCAACAACUGAUAAAACCUAUUUGAGAUGAUCCAUGCAAGGAAACGAAGGCACUUGCCAAACAAUCAGACACUUUAACCAUUUGCCGUGGAUUACAAUGUAAACUGUGAAUGAGACUCUGAAACAAUAGCAAUCCAUUGUAUUUAAAGAGACAGCAUCCUGUUAAAAAUGAUGGGACAUCAAAACUAUUCCUGCACUAGAUAGAUAACGAACUUGGAAUAAAGACCAAUUCACUAUAUUUGUACCUAUAGAUUAAUUUAAAUUGUGUAAUGAAAUUCUGAGUUGUAUAAAGAACUUGUGAUGUGUGAGCUUGGAAAGCUAUCUCAAUGGGAUUUUGUUUCAACUGCUUGACACAGCCUAUCAAAAGCACCUGUCUCUUUAAGAAGGCAAUAUCUGGUUUAAAUUGUCAUUCUUGAAUUGUCGAUCUUUAAGUGCACACUGCAGGUUCUGAUCACCCUGUAAUGGGUGUGUUUGGCCGUGUUGGUUCCUGAGGCGGUGUGUUUCUGGCAGUGGUCUUUGGAAGCAUUUGUACCUAGUGGGGGAGUAACGUUGGUGUUGGAACGUGUAGGCUACAGACGGAGGCUUGAAGAAGGAAAGUGUGUACGACCGUGACCUUGCAUCAUAGUGUUCAUCACAUUACAAGCCAACACUUGCGUAAUAUCUCCUGUGUAAACAUCUGUUCAAUCUUCACGAUGGCUUUAAUGGAAUAAUUCUGUUCCUUUUACAAAUAGAGACUCAUUGAUGUGGUAUUGCUUUGAGUAGAGGUCCUACCUUGACCUUCUGCUCCUACCCCAUGGUGAUAAAUGGCCCAUCAAUGCCACCAGGUUACUGAGAGGACACAGCUCCCUCACUGUGAGUAUCAGAUCAUGAGAAGGAAGGGCUAAUGUUGGAUAUUGCCUUUUUAACAAACCAAAGUGUGCAAGUAGCCUCUAUUAAGCUGAAAUACCAGGUGUGGUUGCCUUAGACAUUAGGAUGAAUGUAGCUAAUUAAUGCACUACUGCUGCAGCGAUGCAGAGCUGGGACUGGCUACGUUACGUUAUGUUGCCAAUUUACUGCGCUCCACUGACAGACAUGUAGUAAGCAAAGCUUCGUUGUCAUGUCUCCAUCUGCAUUCAUUUUUUAAUUAUUUUGUCCCUUUCCUUAAGCUCCCACAAGGUCGAAAACUGACCAUGUGCGGACCAAAACAGAUGCAACCUUUGGAUUUGUGACCUUAGGAUGAGUUGAAAGAGCCUGGAAACAGUUUAGUUGGGGAGAUGGGUGAUUAUUGCAUUCAGCGCAAACCACAGCUCUGCGUACCGUCUGUGUGGAUAUCCUACUUUCCCAAGCAUGUGCUCGAAACUGUACUUGGUCGAAUCUGCUUGUUCCCCAAGCUAUUCGCAUCUUACGGGACUUCAGUAUUGAUUUGCAGAAUAAACUGGCCCUACAGGUUAUAAGAUUGGAGGGGUGGCUCACCCACUGUAAAUUUCCUUAGUAAAUACUACCUACCCCCAGUAAAUCAGUCACAUUUCUGAGCAGUUCACCGCUCAGUAAAUAGGUCUGUACCGUGACUUUCAGUGCCUGCACUGGUGACUGUUCUACACAGCUAACAGCUCCAACCCGACCAAUGACAGGAAGCACAAUUCCACUGCAGGGUAGCAGAUCGUUUGAAUAUUCCAACCAAAUAUAAUGGGGUGUCUUUAACCCCCAGCAGCCCAUGGUCUGAUAACUGAAAACCAGACCAAAAACCCAAUGGGAAGGCAAACACAAAGCAACUUGAAGGAAGAGGCAAGUGAGGGUUGAAAUUGGCCUGUUUAUAUGUGCACAGGAGGAGGUGAUAGAAUGUUAGUCAUGUGGAUCGCAUAUCCUGAGCAUUUUUGAACUGUGUUUAGUGGGGGGUGGGUAUAGAUUAUUUCAGUCACUCCCCACCUGUGUCUAUAUUGGAAGCUAGAUGGUGUGUGUGUGAGUGUGUAAAUAUUUAACGUACGUAUAUAUAGAAAGCUGGAUAGGAUGGCCCAAGCAUUCUAUACCAAGGUAUGUAGAUUUGCUCUUGGUUCGGGCUUUAAUAUGGCGUGUACAAUGUCUGUAUUUCCUAAAGUGUCCCCAAAAUGGCCAACAUCUAAUGUAUACACAUAACCGUGUUAGGUUAACCAUGAUACUUGCUGGAUCUUCUGAGCGGCAGACAGGAUGAGAGUGAUGAGGCAAACAAGUUGACUUACCAUUGUGCGUCCAGUUGUUUUCUUUGCAAGCUGUCAGCACCGUGCUGUUACAGUGAGCUAGUUAGAUCAGCACAAGUGUGCGAGGUCAGUUGGAACAUUAGGGAAUUAGUAGAACGGUAAGAGAAGUUGGUGAGUUGUCUGAACGAGAGGACAGGCCCUUCUCCAGAUUUUCUACAUUAAACUCUAGCGCGGACGCAGAAGUAGGUAAUGAAUUUUUUUUUUGGAAAAGACUGAAUGACGAGCUGCAGUGUCCUGACCAGAGGCGGAAAGGUCUCCACAGAAAAGACAUUGCACUGCAUCCCAAUUCUGGUAGUGGCAGGUCGAGAACGAGGGGAGUGUUUACCUCUCUCUAUUCCUCCCUCCUGCACAUACCUGAAGCACAGACGGGGGUUAAAUAGUGAUUGCCAAGUAACCAGUAACUGGGAGACCUUCAUCUGAUGUGUUUUCCCCAUUGACCUUACAAUAAAGAUGAAUACAUGGGAGAAGGCAGAUUUUUUUUAAAAAAUUAUGUAUUUAGAGGGAAUAUUGUUAGUGUAGGCAUGCUUGUAGACUAAUGGGAACUCUGUUGUUUUGUGUUCUCAAAAGGAUUGGACGAGAGCUAUCUUUGUAAUAGCAGACUCCUAACCCAACCUGUCUUUGGUACCAAUACUCUUGUACAUUUCUAUCAUCACAGAGCAGGUUAUAUCCAGAUGUUCAGUUAUAGGAAAUUCAGAAGGAGACCAGAUCUCAUGAAGCUUAAUUAAUAAUUUAUUUGUCUUGUAGUUUCAGUGUUUUAUAUAGAUUUAUAUAGAUUACAUUCUUAAUUUAUAAGCACAACUCUAACCAGUAUUGUAGCUGCAAGUUGACAUGUUUACAUUUGUGCCCUGUUUAUUGAGGUGCAAUUUGCAGGCGUUGCUCAUUCUCAUUUUUAAUUUUGGAACUUUGAGAAUUCAUGCUUUUCAAAAGAAAAUGUAGAUCUAAGGGACGAUGAAUUUAUUUCUGUGCUUUAUUGGGACAUAUUUUUCUUGGUGAUGUUCAUUUUUCCACUGCAGUGGAGGUGACCUGGAAUCUGGCAAGAUGUGUUUCAUCAUUCCCCACCUCCAUCGUCACUCUCCCCACACACCGAAUUUCCCCAGGGGAAAGUUCUGAGAGAACUUUUCAAUCCAGUUAUCAGAAUAUUCAUUCCAUGUCAGCACCAUGCUGUUGUAGGGAGAACCCUUGUAGCCGAGACCAUGUCACAUAAAUUCUUCCUCACAAAAUCCUAACCUCUUCCCAGCCAGGCAUCACUCCUUUAAAGAAACAUUACCUGAUUCCCAAAGGUUAGGCAGAUUGUGAUUCCCAGUUCCCCACCAGUUCAUCAAUCCAAUCUAUUGCCUUUGUGACUCAGACACUAUCCUGCUUUACAAAAGUCUUUACUCUCCUGUAUGAGGUGAGUGAGCGUGUGGGUGGGGGUGGGGAGUGGUGAAGGGUGAAACUAAUUUCUUCAUGUUUUUCAAACAGAGCUUUGUACUGAAUUUCAAAUGGUCACAGCUUUAAGUUGGGGUAGGAGGGGAGAUUAAUUCUUCCCAAAAGGUUUCUGUAAUGGCGCUUCUCUCUUUACAGUAAUGAGCGAGGGAGGUUAGCAUCCCUAAAUUUGAGAGAGACGGGGAGUGGAGCUAGAGAGAGAGAGAGAGAGAGAAAGUUUGGUAAUGAAGGGGUUGGGAAGAUGGUAGAGCCUUGAAACAUGGGGACAUGAUUUGGAAAACUGGGUGAAGGUGAUUUGGAGAAUGGUUGGGGUCUCGAGGGGCAGUAGCUCUAAGUAAUUGCCUGGAAGGUGGACUUCUCGUUUCUUCUGCCUGAGGGAGUGAGGAAAUGGGCACAGAGUGGGGCCAGUGAUGUUCACAAACCUUGUGAUCUCUUGUUCACAAUUCCAUUUUAACUCUGCCAAAGGAAAUCAAACAUCUGUUCAACUCUACCCAGGGGUGUGAGAGGGAAUCUUCACACAUCUGCCCUGCUCUGUCCAAUCCUUGCGUUUUCCCAUGGCGUGAAAAUUGCUGAUACAUCUGUCUGUUCCUGCUUCGGGCUUGGUGAGGUUUACCUCAGCUUAGUUGCUCUAUGUGAUGUGAGGAGGCCGACAUUGGAAGGCCUCCAAAAAAAAAAGCUUCUUCCAUUUCCUCCCACCGCAAGGGAAACAAUUAGUUGGUCUUUCAUUGUGUGUAGGCACGACAACCAAGGCAGGUGUGUGUGGGAGUAGGAGGUGGAGGAGGUGUACCUCUAAAUUUUGAUUGAAAAAAAAUCUGGAUGGACUUAGGUUGGGGGCAAAGAAGUAGGUACCUGAUGCCUAGAGCUGUCUAACAGGAAUUGUUAUGAACAUUAGUCAAGGAAAUAAGAAUCUGAAUUUGUGAGAAACUUGGGAAAAUGUACUAUGAAAAAAGCUACAAAUUGAAUCUCUCUGCUGCUGUGUUUUCUUAAGCUGGUCUUAUUCCAUUAACUUUAUUCUGCAUCCAGACAGCUCGCUCUGGAUGGUCACUUGUCCUGUUCAGGAAGUCUUGUACUCUACCUGACACCCAAAUCCUCUGUUCUUGUAGAGUGGGCCUUUGUUUGCAUUUUGACUUUUGAAUGUGUACUCCUAGUAUUAUUAAAAAGGGACCCGUACAUCAAUGAACCACAAGUGUCCUAUCCGAGCUCCUGUACAGAGCACAUUGGAAGGAGGGAAAGGGGAACUCCCUCUGGAGUUUAUAAAACUCUUAGUUCUUAUUUUAAUGACUGGGUUGCUUAGUGUCCAGCUGGUAAACUACUAGCUGCUUACUAAGAAUAAAAAAAAAUCAACACCUCCCAGACCAGUGAUAAUUCUUUCUGUUGUAAAAUGCUCAAAAGUUAGUGUAACAGUAUUAAUCCAUCACACACCCCAUUUUGUUUUCCUGAACCAUAUCAAUAAGCUGCAGAAUUAAGUGUAAUGCACUGAGUUUGAGGUAGGAGAAGUGCCACUAUGAAUGUUCCUUACGUACCCAACAAGCACCGUCUGCCUCUUCCUAUCUUUAAAGAUAUAUAUAUAGAAAGCUGUUUGACUUUUUAAAUAUAAUGAUAUGUCUGGAAUUUUCAAUUGAUGCUGUUAAAUUUUAAAAAGGGGGAAAUGUAUUAAAGACUGUACAUUGGGUGUAGAAACUGAGACCAACUUAAAGAAUUUGUCACAAGUUAAUACUUUAGCUAGGAAACCAGGAACAUAAUAUUCAAUAAGUAAAUUCGUGCUCACUUUUGGCCUCUUUGACAAUGCUGUCUGUUUACUGUCUAACUGUGAAUAAAUCAAGCCCUUAAUCUCACGGAAGAUGUGUCUGGCUGAUUUAACUCCAUGCCCACAUUACUGGCAAUGUUUAGCACGAGACAAAUAAAAGCAGAAUUCAGUUUAAGAAACAAAAAAAAAAGUCUUCCAAAAUUGUUGGGAGAUUAAAUCCAAGAAGGAGAGUAAAUUUGGGGGAAAACUCUGCUGUAGAGUAAAACCAUUGGGAAUUUAAUUCAAACCUUUUUUCAGAAAAGUCCUCUUGCUUGUUUUGCAUGCGUGCAUUUAUUUCUAUGUUAUUCCUGUAUGUAAUGGUUUAAAAAAAUUGGAAAACUAUAUAAAAAGCAACUUGUCUUAAUUAUAAGGACCUGUAAACAUACUGAAAACCUACUCUUUCAGUUCCAUGGUGUAAAAACGACAACACUGUAGUAAUCAUCUCUGCGCAAUAUUAAUAUUUAGUUCUUCAGAAUUUGUGUGCAAUAUUCUGUAUCUCUUUAAUUGCAAACUACUGAAAUUUAUUGUAAAGGGGAACAGUCUGAUUAUUGCCAAUAAAAUACAUCUAUUGAGAUC